AUGUCUGUCCUUGUGGACCAGGAUGUUUGCGAGGCUCUGGGUAGUGAGCGUAAGGCCGUACCUGGAGAACUGGGUCGGUUACUCGCAUUCACUUCCGGCAUCCUUGCUCUCUAA